UGCGCGGCAAAAGGUGUCCGCAUGCGACGGGGCCGGGGGAUGAAUUUCGGUGUGGGACGGCUCAGGAACCAGGAGUUGCGACAGCGGCCCAGUGGGCCUGGGAGUCGACAGUUUUGGUGUGGGCUCCGAAUCGGGUUCAGGUGAGGGCGGAGUUUUUGUGCGUCCAUCUCAUCCCGGAGUUCACCCCGGAACUGGUGAAGCUCCUCUAAACGGUGUAGGGGACGGGACCAUCGGCGGACAGGUAAUUUACCCCACGCCGGGGAGAGAUAACGAGUAACCCCGCUCUGGGCAACCUCCCUCGGCAAAACAGCGCAGGUCUAACGCUGGACUAUUGAGGGAACAAGUGCAGGAUAUCCCAUCUAGCAUGAGACAUCGAAGGCGGUGCGGAACACCCUCAACACUGCUCUGGAGCAUCAGCAUAGUUUGUGCUUGACACCCAGCAAGGGACAGUUGUUUCUGAUUCAGCACAAUAAGGAGCAAGAAGCCGUUUAGUCGGGAUGAACCGGCCAAAAGCUGUAGCAAUUCGGCGGCCCAGCAGUGCUAAACCCAGUGGCCAUCCUCCACCUGGAGAUUUUAUAGCCUUGGGCUCAAAGAGUCAGGCCUCUGACACCAAGGCACCUGCUGCACUUCUGAAGCCAACACAGGCAGGACUGCAGUCUGAUCGUAAACGGGAGGGAUCAGCAUCCUUGGCCUCAACCUCUGGCCUUUCAAAGCGUCCGAAGAUCUCUUCCACACCACCACUGAGUGCGCUAGGGCGCCUGGCAGAAGCAGCAGUCGCUGAGAAACGAGCCAUUUCUCCUUCAAUUAAGGAGCCGUCUGUUGUACCAAUCGAAGUCCCGCCAGCGACAUUGUUGGAUGAGAUAGAGGCAGCAGAGCUGGAAGGAAAUGAUGACCGCAUUGAAGGGCUGCUUUGUGGAGCAGUGAAGCAGAUGAAACUCAAUCGGGUGAAGCCAGACGCAACGCUCUUUCUCAGCCUGAUGUAUUUGGCCAAAAUCAAACCCAAUGUCUUUGCUACAGAAGGUGUUAUUGAGGCCCUUUGCAGUUUGCUCCGACGAGAUGCUUCUAUUAAUUUCAAAACGAAAGGCAACAGUUUGGUUUCUGUGCUUACUUGUAAUCUCCUCAUGGCAGCCUACGAGGAAGAUGAGAACUGGCCUGAAAUCUUUGUCAAGGUGUAUAUUGAGGACUCCCUUGGUGAGCGUAUUUGGGUGGACAGUCCCCAGUGCAAGACCUUUGUUGAAAAUAUUCAGACUGCUUUUAACACAAAGAUGUCUCCAAAAAGCAUGUUGCUGCAGGCGGACGGGGGCAGGAUUGGCAGUGAUCUCAGUGCAGGUGGGAGUCCACAUCCAUCUACGCCAGACGAUGAUGAUAAUCAAGCUGAGCUGCUUAUUGCAGAAGAGAAACUGAGUCCAGACAUCGAGGCAGGUCAGGUGAUGCCCAGGUAUGAGGACUUGGCCGAGAGUGUGGAAGAUUAUGUUAUUGACAUGCUUCGUGAUCAGCUCAACCGGCGUCAGCCCAUGGAUAACGUAUCACGGAAUCUGCUACGGUUGCUCACUGCUACCUGUGGUUAUAAGGAAGUUCGCCUGAUGGCUGUUCAGCGGCUAGAAAUGUGGCUGCAGAACCCAAAGCUGACCCGUCCAGCUCAGGACCUGCUGAUGUCAGUCUGCACCAACUGCUGCUCACAUGGUACAGAGGACAUGGAGGUUAUGUCGAACCUCAUCAAAAUCCGUCUGAAGCCCAAAGUUUUGCUGAAUCAUUACAUGCUCUGCAUAAAGGAAUUGCUGAAUGCCCAUCGAGAUAACCUGGGAACACUAGUGAAGUUUGUCAUUUUUAAUGAGCUGUCAAAUGCACGGAACCCAAACAACAUGCAAGUCCUUUACACAGUGCUGCAGCACAAUCCUGAACUAGCCCCCAAGUAUCUAGCUAUGGUGUUCCAGGAUCUGCUAACCAAUAAAGAUGAUUAUCUUCGAGCAUCUCGAGCUUUGCUGCGGGAAAUUAUUAAACAAACUAAACACGAGAUCAACUUUCCUUCCUUUUGUCUGGGCCUGAUGCAGGAGCGGAAGGAGCAGACAUAUCUAGAUAUGGAGUUUAAGGAGCGCUUUGUGAUUCAGGUGACGGACCUGUUGACCCUGUCAAUGAUGCUCGGGAUUACAGCUCAAGUGAAGGAAGCAGGGCUUGCUUGGGACAAAGGCGAGAAAAAGAACCUGGAAGGGCUGCGUGCGUUUCAGACUCAGAUUGCAACCAUCCAGCGAGAUGCGGUGUGGUGGUUACACACAGUGGUACCAACUGUCUGCAAGCUGAAUCCCAAGGAUUACAUCCAUUGUUUGCAUAAGGUGCUUUUCACCGAGCAGCCAGAGACAUACUACAAAUGGGAUAACUGGCCUCCAGAGAGUGACCGCAAUUUCUUUCUCCGGCUGUGCUCUGAGGUCCCACUCUUGGAGGAUACCCUGAUGCGGAUCCUGGUCAUUGGAUUGUCACGGGACUUGGCUCUAGGGCCGGCUGAUGCCAUGGAAUUAGCUGACCACCUGGUGAAACGAGCUGCAUUAGUGCAGGCUGACGAUCUAGAAGUUCUUCACGUGGAGAGGGUUCAGCUGAUUGACGCAGUUCUAAAUCUGUGCACCUAUCACCACCCUGAAAACAUUCAGCUACCUCCUGGGUACCAGCCCCCUGCCCUGGCUAUUUCCUCCUUAUAUUGGAAGGCUUGGCUAUUACUGUUAGUUGUAAAUGCCUUCAAUCCACAAAAUAUCGGUCUGGCUGCAUGGGAAGGUUACCCCACCCUGAAGAUGUUCAUGGAAAUGGUGAUGACAAACAACUUCUCUUACCCUCAAUGCACUGUGACCGAUGAGGAAACCAGAACUGAAAUGAUUACUCGUGAACUACAGAUGUCACAGAGAGAGAAGCAGGAGAUUUUGGCUUUUGAGAGCCACCUGGCUGCUGCAUCAACAAAGCAGACCAUCACAGAAAGUAACAGCCUGCUGCUGUCACAGCUGACCAGCCUUGAACCACAGGGCCCCCCUCGCCGUCCACCUCCACAUGUUCUCGAGCAGCUGAAGAGCUUAAAUCAGUCCCUUCGCCUUGGCCACCUGCUGUGUCGUAGUCGCCAUCCUGACUUCCUGUUAAACAUCAUUCAGAGGCAGGCUUCGUCUCAAUCCAUGCCCUGGUUAGCAGAUCUGGUACAGUCUAGUGAAGGGUCCUUGGAUGUGCUGCCUGUCCAAUGCCUGUGUGAGUUUCUGCUUCAUGAUGCAGCUGACGAGGUGGCCUCCACAGAGGAGGAAGAUGAGGGAGAAAGCAAAGAGCAGCGGGCUAAGAAACGACAGAGACAACAGAAACAACGGCAGCUUCUGGGCCGUCUGCAGGACCUCCUGUUGGGUACCAAAGCUGAUGAACAAACGACCUGUGAAGUACUGGAUUACUUCCUGAGACGCCUUAGCUCUCCACAAGUCGCCUCUCGUGUUCUAGCCAUGAAGGGAUUGUCUCUGGUACUGACUGACUCUGAGAGCAGUCUGCGGGAUGCGGAUGAGCGAGACCAAAUGAUAGAAGAGGACUCGAGUGAUAGUGAGCCGCUCCCUGGAUAUCAGUGGCUGCUGCGGGAUCUUCCCAAACUGCCCCUGUUCAGCAGUGUCUGUAAGAUGACUUCCUUGGCACUGCAGCAGGCAAUUCAUGUGGAGACUGAUCCCCAAACCAUCAGUGCUUAUGUUAUUUAUUUGUCACAACAUGCUCCAGUAGAGGAACAGGCUCAGCAUAAUGACCUUGCUCUGGAUGUUGCUCGUUUAAUUGUGGAGAGGUCCACGAUCAUGACCCACCUCUUUGCCAAGCACUCCUACAGAACAGAGUGUGAGUCUGUGCUGGUGGCACUAAUUGCCAUCUUCUCUCGGUACGUGAAGCGCAUGCGAAAGACAAAGGAGGAUGAAGAGGUGUACAGCUGGUCUGAGUCCCAGGACCAGGUUUUCCUGCGCUGGACUACUGGGGAGACAGCUACCAUGCAUAUUCUGGUGGUUCAUGCUAUGGUCAUCCUCCUGACAUUGGGUCCUCCUCAAGGUGACAGUGAUUUCUACCACCUUCUUGACGUGUGGUUUCCUGACAAGAAACCACUCCCCACGGCAUUUCUAGUCGAUACUUCAGAAGAAGCACUGCUUCUCCCUGACUGGCUGAAACUCCGGAUGAUCCGCUCAGAAGUGUCUCGAUUGGUAGAUGCCGCUCUCCAAGAUUUGGAGCCCCAGCAGCUGAUCCUGUUUGUCCAGUCCUUUGGAAUACCCGUCUCCAGCAUGAGCAAGCUCCUGCAGUACCUGGACCAGGCUGUGUCUCACGAUCCUCAGACACUUGAACAGAACAUAAUGGACAAAAACUACAUGGCCCACCUGGUGGAAGUACAACAUGAGAGGGGAGCAACUGGUGGCCACACUUUCCACACUCUGCUUACCACCUCAGUGCCUCCAAGCAGAGAAAAUGAAGACCACAACAGACAGAACUCAAACAAUACAGCACCGCAGUGUCCCAUCCGAAUCAGGGGGCCAACGCAGAUUCCUGUAAUUGGGCCAGAUGAAGAUUUAGCUGGGCUCUUUCUUCAGCUUUUCCCCAUGAAUCCUGACCCAAGAUGGAAGAACACAAGCAGUCGCUCAAUCUCGCUGAUGUUACAGCACACACUGGCUCAGGAGUUGAGUCGUGCCCACCAGGGGAAGGCCGAGGAGACUGGAAUUGCUAUUCGUCUGCUCCAAGCUGUGUCUGCACUGCUGAACUCCCCACAUGGCAGGGCCUUUGUCUUAUCCAUGCAGAGGAAUUAUGUCAUCUCCUGUCCUUUAAUGAGACAACUUUACCAGUAUCAGAAAAUCAAGCCCCAGGACUCUGUUGCUGUGUCCCUGUUCUACAACGUGGUGAUGCAGCUCCGGACAUGGCUAGAGAAUUCGGCGACAGAAGACAGUCCUCUUCGAGCACUACUGAAAUCACUGGCUGCUCAAUGCUCGCUGAAGCACAGAACGGGCGAUGUACGAGCCAACUUCAGGCACCUAGCUGAGCAGCUGAGCUAUCGGCAAGACCAGGAGCUGAUCGAUUCAGCAGUACAAGCAAUAAUGUCGGCUCUGAAAACCGGGGAGGCAUGCAACGUGGAGCCAGAGUUGAUGGGAAGAGUAUUAAAGGGUUUAAUUGAGAUGCGGUCUCCCUACCUGGAAGAACUAUUGACAUUAGUCCUCACCACCAGCCCAGAAGUGGCCACACAGCACACAGCCAUGGAUCCAGUGGCUCUGAUAACCACACUUCUUCAUCAAGAAGGAGAAGAGUCAGUGGUAAAGAUGGAGGUCGAUGGCAACAGUGUGGAGCAGACGAAGCCCGUUUCAGCAUCUGGGUUACUGAUUGACUGGUUUGAGUUGCUGGACCCUGAAGUCAUAUCCUGUUGUCCUGAACAACAGCAGAAGCUCCUGUUUGCUGACCAUAAGACCACAGGUCAGCAAGGAUCGCAGCUGCUUUCAUUCCGACCCUAUCUUCUAGCUGUUCUCAUUCACCAGUCAAACUGGACAACGGUACAUCGGUGCAUCAGCACUCUACUGAGUAACCAAGAGGGACUCAGGCUUGACCCUACAGCAACCCUAGAUUUUCUCUGGGCCUGUGUGCACAUUCCAAGGAUCUGGCAAGGACGUGACCAAAGAACCCCACAGAAACAUACCAAGGAAUACGUCCUGUGUCUGAAGAAGAGUGAGCUUAUCAGCCUGGUGGAUAUUGUCCUUUUGGAGUCUGAAGCCAAGAUCUGCACUGCGACUCACAAUAAGAAACCUGCUGAUGAUAUUACGGGAACCCUCAUCCGAUGUCGAAUUCCCCUGUUGCUCAAUUGUUGCCAUGGUGAUUUGGAUAACAUCAAGAAAGUGACAGAUUAUCUAAUCAGUUGCAUCAAACAAAGGGGUGAAAGCAGUGUGAUGGGCAAGUGUUGUCAGAGCCUGUUGCUUCAGAUUUACUUCCAGGUCCCAGAGGUUAUCCGCCACGUGAAUCUUCCAGAGUGUGUGCUGAGCAGUGAAAGCACCAGUGAUGGAAGUACCUGCAAGCUGGAUGCACUAGUUCAUCGGUUGCUCACGUUACUUGCAGACACCAGUGACACAAGGACAUCAGAGAAUCGCACUGCUGAUGCCAACAUGGCGUGCCGAAAGCUGGCGGUGGCACAUCCGGUUCUAUUGCUUCGACACUUACCAAUGAUUGCUGCUUUGUUGCAUGGACGAGUUCAUUUGAAUUUCCAGGAGUUCCGUCAGCAGAAUCAUUUGACCUUCUUCCUGCAUGUUCUGGGGAUCUUGGAGCUACUACAGCCAUACUUGUUUCAGAGUGAACACCAGGGGGCAAUGCAGGACUGUCUGCUCUCCUUCAUAUUACUCUUGGAGAACUAUGGAAAAUACUCCAGACUGCUUGCUUCCUUCAUCAACAAGUUUGUGCACUUUAUUCACAAGUUUAUUACCUUCAAUGCAACAGCAGCUGUCCCAUUCCUUCAGAAGCAUUCAGAUGUUCUCCAUUAUCUGUCACGGGAGUACCCAGAGAUGGCGCUGCUUAAGUCUUUGCUGGCUGGUUUAACACUCCCAACACGGACUGGGCUUGUUGAGGAGAAUGUAGAGGAUGAGGAUGGGGAGGAAGAAACGUCCAGCUCACUCCCACUGGUCAGUUUCUCUGCCAUGACUCCAUUGACUUCAGCUGAAGUGGCACCGUUCCUUCAAAAGAUUGCAAGAGCUCGUGCUCUAGAAGACACUCUGGAAGUCCUGAACGAUAUUGAUGAGAUGUCAAAGCGUCGAGUUGAGGUCCUCUCUUUCUUUGCUAAUGAUCUCCAGCGUCUGAUGAGUUCACCUGAGGAACUUUCACGGAACAUCGCAUUUGACUUGGCCUUGAGGAGUAUCCAGCACGAUCCACGUGUUGCUGCUGACUUUCUCCCAACAUUCUUGUACUGUCUUGGCUGUGGAAAUUAUGAUGUGGUGCAGACAGCCCUGAAGAAUCUUCCUGAUUACACACUACUCUGCCAAGAGCAUGCAGGUGUUCUCUUGCACAAGGCUUUCUUGGUUGGGAUGUAUAGCCAGCUUGACACAAGUCCACAGAUUGCAGAAGCCAUGAAAGUUCUACACAUGGAAGCCACAACUUAAGGACCAAGCAUUGUUAAAGUGAUGCCUUAUUGAUACAGCAAGAAGUAUUGGAAGAAGACUUGACGGUGGACGUACUUUUCAUACAAUGCCGUUGAUCUUCUAAUAUUUUUCACAUGAAGAAGUCAAACUAUUCAAGAUGAUGCUGCACAGGAUUAUUUCCCAAGAACAUAAACAACUGAGAAUUAGACGAUUUGAACAUUGCUUUUCUUGCAUAACGAUAGUCACUGCACUUCAGUUCAUCAUAUGAAGAUCUUUAUGAUGAGGAGGUGCACAGAAGUGAAAUACAACAAAUCUUUCAGUUUCUCAAUUCUGAUUUUUCCUUACUCUCACUCAUGCACAGUUUGCCCAACUUCAGUUGAAAUGCUCCAAAUAAAUGUCAGGUGAAAUGGAAGCCAUUAUGUACAAUUCUGAGCAGCCAAGAGGUUUGCUAGUCCAACAAGAAACAUAGCACAAAGCUGAAUUCCAACCUCCCAUCAUACUUGAAGAUGAGGCUUGCAGAUGCAAAUGCAUAGCCAGACAUUUAGUCACUGAACCCAUUACUAUUGUAACCAGGACUCAGUAGUGUUGUCUUAAAAUUGGGAAACAAUUGGGUGAAAGCCAUCAGAGUUUACUUGUCUUAUUGGUUCUAUUGGGCUCCUUGGGAUAAUUCUGUGGAUUGAAUAAGAUCUUGUGAAUGCAUGGGACUGUGAGAUUCCACAGUCAGGACCCACAUAUAAUGCUUCCCUGAUGUUCUGUGAAAGCAUUGUGCUUUUGUUGAGUUUUUUUUAUAUAAAAUAAAUAUUUGACAAAAAUAUUAGAUAUGUUUGCUGUUGUGAUACAAACUGAGCAGGAUAAACUGUCCAAAUGACCAGCAGCAGGUGAAACUGUUGGGAAGAGUUUUUGUAGGUGGUUCUCCAAGCUAUUUCUAAUUCUUGGGAAUUAACCUUGUAAAUGAAGAAGAGACUCGGAACCUUCUAAUACUUGUCAUGACUGAAGAAGACAUUCUGUUUUCAGCAUGUCAAAUACUGCUGAGUAUUUGGAAUCCUGGGAACAAUUUUCAGCUUUGUAUCAAAGAAAAGAUGUGCAGCCCUGGAGAGAGUUGAGAGGAGGCUCACAAAACUGAUCCCAGGAAUGAAAGACUUAACCUAUUUAAUUUCUCUGAGCUGGUGUUUGUCAGAUUUCAGAAGGAUGAGGGGGCGAUCUCAUUGAAGCCUACCGAGUACUGAAAGGCUGAAUAGAAUGGACAUGGAGAGGGUGUUUCCAUUAGUAGGAGAGUCUAGGGUCUGAGGGUACAGACUCAAAAUAAAGGGAUGUCUCUUUAAAAUUGAGAUGCGGAGCGAUUUCUUCAGCCAGAUGGUGAAUUUGCUGAAUUCGUUGCCACAGAAGGCUGUGGAGGCAAAGUUAAUUGGGUUUAUUUAAGGCAGAGAUUGAUAGUUCUUGAUUGGUAAGGGGGUUAAGGAUUAUGUAGGAGAAUGGGAUUGAAAUAUCUACUAUAGGAGCAAAAGAAAAAUUCUGCCCCUAUAUCUUAUGGUCUAUGUUACAGAUUCAUAAAACGUGGAGAGCCCAUUUAGCCCCCAUGAUCAUGUUAUCAGAGGGACCUCAUCAAUAUUAGUCACUUGGCCCAAUGUCUUUUGUGUUUUAAUGUGUUUGAUUCUAUUGUGAAGGUCUGUGAAUGUAGUCACUCAGGCAUUAAUGUUGCAGUCAUGCAUUUCCUUUACUAGUUAUCACAUUUUCUUUAAGUCAGUACCCAAAUAAUCAAAUAACCUGUCCCCAAGUAAACACUUCCCUCUUUUUCCUGUAGAUUAUCCUUCAAUUACUUUUAACCCUUUGUUGUUUCCCUACAAUUUUUCUUCUCAAUUUUUGCAACCAAGGAUGUUCCAGAUCACUUACAUAAACCUGUUCUGAAACUUGUGGGACUAAAGACGGACGCAAUGAUCUGCACCCAAGAGUUUGAAAGGAGGUGGUUGCAGAGAUAAUGGACCCAUUGGAUGAUUUUUUUUAACUCACUAAAUUCCAGGAAGUUACGAGAGGUUUGGAAAAAAGACAAUAUGACUCCCUCAUUCAACAACAAAGGCAGACAAGGUGAUAAGCAUACACCAGUUAGUUUAACAUCUGUUGUUGACAACUUGCUAGAGUCAAUAGUAUUUGAUAAUUUACCAUUUAUGACAGCUGAAUGUAAUCAAAUCUGAAUGACAUCAUUUUAUGAAAGGUAAUUCAUGUUUGACAAAUUUGUUCAAGUUCUUUGAAGGACAGUUGACAGAGGGGAACGUGUAGAUGGUAGUGUAUUUAAGUUCACAAAAGGCAUUUAACAAGGUGCCAUAUAGAGGCUGGUAUGUAAUGAAGAGCCCAAGGAAAUGGAGGAAGUGUGCUACCAUGGAUUGUAAGCUGGCUGCCACAGGCAAAACUAGAGUUGGAAUAAAUUAAUUCUUUUAAAACUGGAGGAAUGUAAUUAGUUAAGUUCCCAAGGAUUGGUUCUUACUCCCUCAUUUACUUUUUACAUCGCGACUUGGAGGAGAAAACGAAAUAUGAGAUUUCCAAGUUUUGCCAAUGAAAUGAAAGUGGUGUAAGGGUGUGUUGUGAUGAGGACAUUGUAAUUCUGCAAUGGGAUAUAAAUAGAGUGAUAGGGCAAAGCCUGGCAAAAAAAUUUAAUGUGGGGAAGCAUGAAAUCAUGCACUUCAUUGAGAGGAAUCAGAAGGCAGAUUAUUGUCUACCUCGGGGCUUCCCAGCAUUUUCUUGUGACUUGGACCAAUACCAUUAAGCAAGGGGUCCGUGGGCACUAGGUUGGGAGCCCCUGCUCUAAGUGGAGAGAAGCUGUAAGUGAGUGCUGUUCAAUGGUAUUUAGAAGUACUGAGCAUGAAUAAUUAAAUGUAAGCAGUCAGUUCCUACCGAAGGUAAAUAGUGCAUUGGCCUUUAUUACAAAAGGAUUGGAGUUUAUGAAUGGGGAGUUUUUGUUACAGUACAAGAUUUUGGACAGGUGAGGCCACUAUGCACAGUAUUGGUCCUCAAACUUGUGGACAGUGUACAGCAGGGUUCCUCACGGGUUCAGCAAAACCCGAAGGUUCUGUGAGGUCGCUAGAGCUUCCGCGGGAGGUCGUGAUUUUAAAAAAUAAACAUCAUUUUUUGAACUUUGCAUUAAUGCAUGAUGCUAGCGCUCUCAUUGACUGAGUAGUCCCAUUAGCAAUCUCGUGAAGAGGUCUCUCAGCCCAGUAUGGCAGUGCACAGUUGGACCACGUUUAUUUGGUUGAGUCCAUUUGUCAGUUUUUAACACAAGAUGGUCAAGCCUUUGAUAAUUGGUGAGUACUAAUGCACAGAGGCAAGGACAGUAGGCUGAUAGUUGGUGAGCACUGUAUUGCACGGAGGUGAGGACGGUAGGCUGAUAAUUGGUGAGCACUGUACUGCACAGAGGGGAGGAUGGUAUGUGUUUUCCAAGCAUUGAAUGGACUUGCCCAACUUGGGCUGUAACAUCAGCCUGUCCUUCCCAAAUUACCUCACCCAACUUCCCUUUACACACCUUCGACUGACUUAUGGGAGUGAGCAAGUUAUCAAUGUAGUAGAAAAUUGGAGGGAAAUUUUCAUUCUAAAGAUGGUCUAGUGUGGUGAAGAACUGCAGAACAAAAUUGGACAGUAUUUUUCCUCCUUUUCAACACGUGUAUGACUGGGUGAGGGACUAUUUCUCUUAAUCUUCUGCUCAGCCUGACAACUUGACUUUGGGAGAAGAGGAAGAGCCUUGUGAGCUGCACUCUGAUCAUAUACUCAGGAUGAGAUUUACUGAUCUCUCUCUGGACAAGUUCUGGAAUUCUGUGGGGGAAAGCUUUUUCUUGUUUAACAAGCAUCAGGAACAAGGAUAAAAAUCUUCUCAUUUCAGUUGAAAGUGAAAUCUGUGGGUGCUUCUCUCAAGUUCAACCCAGAAUUGAGAGAUGUAUUAUGUUUGUCUUAUGAGCUUUUAAAAUGUAUGAAAGGGAAUGAAAAGAGAUUAAUUUCAAGAAAGAUGAGCUAAAAAUAAUUCUCUACUCGAAACAGCAUUGACAACUAUUUUUGGAUUAUUAUAUCUACAACCUACUAAUCACACUAAUGUACCCUGAGCUGUACAGAUAAUAUUUUUUAGACAGGAAUUCCCUGAGACCUGAGAAUUAUUUCGAGGGUUGCCCCAGGACAUAACAUUUGAGAAAGGCUGGUGUAGAGGGUUGUCAAAGGAUACAGCAGAAUAUGGAUCAGUUACAGAUACGGGCAGAGAAAUGGCACAUUGGUUUUAUUCUGUGCAAUGUGAGGUGUUGUAUUUUGGCACAUCCAAUGUAAGGAUGAAAUAUGCUCUUACUGGCAGGACCCUUAACAGGAUCGAUAUACAGAAGGACUUGGGCCUUAAAUCCGUAGCUCACUGAAAAUAGCCAUGGUUGUCUUCAUUGGUUGGGUCAUUGAGUACAAGAAUAAGAAAGUUAUGUCGCAGCUAUAUAAAAGUUUGGUUAGGCUGCGCUUGGAGUAUUGUGUGCAAUUCUGGUUGCCCCAUUACAGGAAAGGUGAGAAGGCUUUGGAGUGGAUGCAGAAGAUGUCGACCAGGAUGCUACCUGAUUAUGAGCUAUAAAGAGAUGUUGAACGAACUUGGGUUUUUACUGUGGAGUGUUGAGGGGAGGCUGAGCGAAGGCCUAAUAAGAUUUUAAGAGACAUAGACAGGGUAGACAGAAUCAUUUUUCUCUCAGGGCAGAAAUGUCAAGUACUUGAGGGUAUGCAUUUAAGGCAAGAGGAAACAAGUUUACAAUGAUGGGUGACUAGAACAGGCUGCAGGGAAGAGUGGUGGAAAAAGAUAUGAUAGUAGUGCUAAGGGGCUGUCAGAUGCCUGAAUGUGCAGGGAAUGGAAGGAUAUGGAUCAGGUACAGGCAGAAACAAAUUAGUUUAAUUCGGCAUUGUAUUGGUUGCAGACAUUGUGAGCUGAAAAACCUGUACUGAGCUGUUCUAUGUUAACUUAAAAUGGGUAUAGCAGCACUGGAGAUGGUAUAAAGGAGAUUCACCACUUAAUUUCCUGGGACAAGGGUUGGCGCAUAAGAAGGGAGUAGACAGUUUACAUUUGUAUUCCCUGCAGUUUCAAAGAAUGAGGGAUGACCUUUUUCAGAUAUAUAAGGCCUGGGGUCGAAAUCUUUUUUAUGCCAUGGACCAAUACCAUUAAGCAAAGGUCUGUGGACCCCAGUUUGGGAAUCCCUGCCCAAAGGGAACUUUUCCCUGGUGAGAGAAUCUUAAACAAGGGGACAUUGCUGUAAAACAAACUCAGUCAUUCAAAACUGAGGAGUAGACUUCUCUUGGAAAGUAGUGAAUCUCUGCAGUCCUCUGGUCCGAGAAUAGUGGAGGCCAAAUCAUUAGAGCCCUUAUGGUGCAGAUAGAUGAGUAUUUGAAAGAUUGAGGUACUGAGAACUAGCAAGAAAGGAUAAUUGUCAACAUAGAUCAAUAUCUGAAGCUUAACUCCUAAUGAAAUGUGGUGCUGCUGUAAGAUUCUACUGCUUUCCUUUGCAACUGGCAAACUUCAGAAUGCCCAAAUACAAGCCAUCACCAGCAAUGAAGAAGUGGAGUGAUUUACUUAAUGUGAUGCAGGUAGAAUCCAUUUAGUCUGCAGGGUCCCUCCUUGUUUUCAGCACAGAAUUCCCCUUUUUUUUGUUCUUAGUGACAUUCUCUCUUACCUACCCAGCAACUGCUCAUUGAUUUUCUUUUGCCAUUUACCUACACCAGUCACCAAUUAACAUGCCAGUGCACCUUUAGAAUAUGGGAGGAAACCAGAGCACCCAGAGAAAACCCAUACAGUAACAGGAAGAACGUGCAAACUCCGCAGAGUUGGGAUCUGAGGUCAGGAUUGAACCCACGUUACAGGAGCUGUGAGGGAGUGGCACAACCUGCUACAACUGUGAAGUGCUCUCAGAACCAAUUGUUGUAGAUUGCAAAUCGAACAAGUUGUGAUAACAUAGGGGAACAGUGUUAUGAGUGCUGUAGUUUGCACAAAAAGGUUCAGAACCAAAAGAAGUAGAUGCCUGGUAACUGAUUUCUGUGACACUACAUUGUUAAGCACCAUGUGAUUCAAGUUUUCAUUUUUCAAAAAUAAAA